AAAGGGCAGCGUGGGAGGUGCCGGAGGAGCAGGCAGCGGCCGUGCGUCCCACUCGGCAGGCACGGCGAUGCUGCGGGCGAGCGGCCCCGCGGGCACGGUGACACUGGCACUGCUGGCACUGGCAUUGGCACGAGGCGAAGGGCAGCACUACGACUACUAUGGCUGGCAGCCGGAGAACGUGCCCCGCGGGCGCUUCUACGGGCGGGAGCCACAGUGUGUCGACAUCCCGGCAGACAUGCAGCUGUGCCACGAUGUGGGCUACAAGCGCAUGCGGCUGCCCAACCUGCUGGAGCACGAGUCCAUGGCUGAGGCCAAGCAGCAGGCCAGCAGCUGGGUGCCGCUGCUCGCCAAGCAGUGCCACGCCGACACGCAGCUCUUCCUCUGCUCUCUUUUUGCCCCUGUCUGUCUCGACCGCCCCAUCUACCCAUGCCGCUCGCUCUGUGAGGUGGUGCGCGAUGCCUGUGCGCCCGUCAUGGAGUCCUAUGGCUUCCCCUGGCCCGAGAUGCUGCACUGUGGCAAGUUUCCUUCUGACCACGACCUCUGCAUCACCGUGCAGUUUGGGAACAACCAGGCCACCCCACCACCGGUAUGUACCGUCACAGCCAAGAGCAUCCAGCCCGGAGCGCUGCACCUGUGUCGUUUCCCACAUCCCUGCAGGUCCCCUCAGGCUGGGGAAGGGAUGUCAUCUGAAGGCAGCCUUGGGUCAGGAUCAGUGCCCAAGAUCUGCACCCAGUGCGAGAUGGAGCACAAGGCGGAUGGCAUGAUGCAGCAGAUGUGCUCCAGUGAUUUCGUGGUGAAGAUGCGCAUCAAGGAGGUGAUAGAGGAGAAUGGAGAGAGGCGCCUGGUGGCUGCCCAGAAGAAGAAGGUGCUGAAGCUGGGUCCCCUGAAGCGCAAGGACACCAAGAAGAUGGUGCUGCACAUGAGGAACACGGGCUCCUGCCCCUGUCCCCAGCUCGACAACCUAAGCGGCAGCUUCCUGGUGCUGGGGCGCAAGGUGGGCGGCCGCCUGCUGCUCCUUGCCAUCUACCCCUGGCGGAAGCACAACAAAGAGAUGAAGUUCGCCGUCAAGUUCAUGUUUUCCUAUCCCUGUCCCCUAUACCAUCCCCUGCUCUACGGUGCUGGGCAGCACUAGGGUUCUGUCCCAGGACUCCUGCACUUGCCCUGCUCUGCAACCCCAGUUAUGCACUCAGGCAACGUUGAAGGAAGCCCUGAUCUGCACCCAGGACCCCUGCAGCCCCCUAAGUCCCCUAACUGCAUGUAAGACCCUUGCUUGACCUCAGCUGCACCCCAGACCCCAACCCUGCCCAGCUCCCAUACUCCUGCUCUCUGUGCCCACAGACUGCCCGCCUCAGCUCCCGAAAGCCCUGAGCUGCAUGGCCCCAGCUCUCCAGCACUCCACACCCUGGCCUACUAGAGUAAAUUAUUUUGUCUGAAAUAA